UAUGGCUACAUCAGAUAAUAAUAAAGGCGAUUAUGAAGAUAUUUCUGACCAACUUUACCCUGACCGUAAGCGAAAAUCGGCUUCACCAAGUGAAAAGCAAUCUUCUUUUUGGUACGAUCUUCUUACCGGUAAUAAGAACACAGCCGAGAAUUUUGUUCGAAUUCGAUGUCGAUACAAAGUGGAAAAAGCGUUGAACGAAAGUCCUCUGGUAAAGUUGUUAGUAUCUGCAUUGCGAUCCAAAGGAUGUGAAAUCGACAUGAAUCGACACAUUUGCUGUGAGAAUUGUGGAGAGCAGGUGACCGGUGGCUACGAUACGACACGUAAUCAGAUUGUCGUAUGUCACAAUCGCGUCUAUACUAAAGAGAUGACUGCCGCAGUCAUUGGACAUGAAUUGAUUCAUAUGUUUGACUAUUGUCGCGCUAAACUCGAUUUCAAUAAUUUGGACCACAUCGCCUGCUCUGAGAUUCGUGCUGCUAAUUUAGUUCACUGCUCGAUGACAAGUUCAUUCUUCUCUGGGACCACUGGAUUCAACAAAAUAGGUGCAUCGCAUCGGGAAUGUGUAAAGGCCAAGGCCCUUUCAUCUAUUCUGGCCGUACGGAAAGGAAUGCCUAUCGAACAAGCUGCACAAGUGGUAGAUCGUGUGUUUGAUCGAUGCUACAAUGAUUUGGAGCCAAUCGGCCGCAGAAUACGGCUUAAUUCACGUCACAUUAAAUGGGCAUAUCGUGAACGGUUUCUCUAUGAUUACGACUCUUUCACUUAGCAUCAAUGUUUGUCUUGAUGAUAGUUUUGUGUGUGUAGUUAAUGUUUUUUAAAAUUACGAUUAAAUUGUGAAAUUCUCAAACUUGUUUGAUUAA